AUGGCGCCAAUAUUAGUUGACAGAUCCACCAGCACCAGCCCCAGUCUUACGCCAUGGGAUUCUAUGAAUCUGCUUGGCGGAGUUGCUCCUUUCCUGGCCCUUCUUGGAGAGGACUUUACAAACCGAUAUCUGUCCUUGUCCCACAACUGCUGUGACUGGGUUGUCUUUUCUGUAAUUCCCACGGGUGUGCCCUAUGCCAUGAAAGUCUUGUCCAGGCUUUUGAAACUACAAAAUAUCAAGAUGGACACUUUUUACACAAGCUACAGAAAAGCUUUGGAAAAGGACCUACUCUCAACUUGUUCAAAGGAAAUAUGCGAGAUAUGGAAUGGCCGUCAAGUGGAAAGAGUAGAAAAAACCGUCUCGAGGAAGCCAGGACCUAUCAGAGAGUAUAUAUAUCUACCCGGGAGAGAGGAUAUCCCUCCAGAGCUUCUUCCUUCGAAAAUUGCGAAAUACGGCGGUAAAUAUCGCGGCAAGAUGUAUGACCCUUGGCUGCAACCGUCAAAAGGAUCGCCAAUAGGCCUAGGAAGCCUAAAGGACAACGAGACGACUGAUCCGCCCAAUCUUCUACUCAAUCUGACACCAUUUAAGCGGUCUCUCAGCCUGCUGUAUACAGCCAAGUCUCUCACCUUGCCUCUCAAGGUAAGACGGUCCACUUGGAAGCCGCCAGAUGGCGAGAAGGCAAAGGUCGUUUGGGUGCAAAGACAGAUGCAGGGAGAUGACUGGCAUACCGAGGCUUAUAUUCUUGCGAAAAAUAUCGAGGCAGAAGUCCUAUCCGCACACAGGGACUCAACCGCCUUGUCUCAUCACUGGUGUUUUGAAUCGCGGUUUACCAAUAUUGUAUUGGUUUUGAUUCCUGUUAGUUUUGUUCUGCAAAGCGUCGGUCUAUCGAUGAUGCAUUGGGCUGUACAGACGUGGCAAUUCAUUGCUUUGGUAUUCAUGUUUUUUGGUAGACGGCGCGUUCGCAAGGAAGUGCCCCCGGAGUUUGUAUUGCGGCUUCGAGACGAAUGGGCAAGAGCAAAGAUCCAAGGCAUUUUAGCUGGCAGUCCGGUCAAAGAUAUGGCUGCUGAUAAAGCCGUCCAUGUGAUUGAGCAUGAUUUGAGGACUGGACGAAAAAAAGACAAGAUGGCGCAGAAUACUGUGCAAAAAAUCGUCGCCAACACGGGGAUACCCGAAGCAAACAUUGUUGACGACGUGACUGCCGUCGUCAACAAAAUACUUGGAGGGCCUAGCCUCUUGGACGAGGAUAUUGAGGAAGCUGUACCGGCACCUACCUAG